CAACUGCACCGCAUCCGUUCAGUCCGCACUCGAACGCCGUCGCAGUCGUUUUGUAAUGCCGUACGCGUUAUAAUAAUAAUAAUAAUAAUAAUAGUAAUAUUGUUCGUGCGCUUUUCGGUAAUAAUAUAGUUGCUUUCGACGACGGUUUGUGCUAUCAUAUUUCCGUAUAAUAGAAUAUUGGACACUGCAGUCGUCUGCGCGCGUUGUUGUCGCGAACAUUUUAUGCAAAACCGAUCGACCGUGCGACUGUUAUUGUGUGUUCAUUAAAACGUAUAUACCAGCUACAGUCGGGUAUAUAAUAUUAUAAUAGAAAAAAAUCGUAAGCAUAAAAGUUUUGAAAAAUGCCGCGGCCCAGUCGCGACUCGUACGGCGACCAAAAACCACCGUACAGUUACAUAUCGCUCACGGCCAUGGCCAUUUGGAGUUCGCCCGAGAAAAUGCUUCCGCUGUCCGACAUCUACAAGUUCAUCAGCGAUCAGUUCCCGUACUACAGACGGAACACGCAACGCUGGCAGAACUCACUCCGGCACAACCUGUCGUUCAACGACUGUUUCGUGAAAAUCCCGCGAAUGCCGGACAGACCGGGCAAAGGUGCGUACUGGGCUCUGCACCCGGCCGCCCUGGACAUGUUCGAGAACGGUUCGCUGUUACGGCGCCGCAAACGAUUUAAGCUGGUCAAGUCCGACAAAGACAGAUUGGACAACGAACUGAUCGCUCUGGCUAACAAUUUGGCGCACAUGCAGCGCAACCAUCCAUCCAUGUCGGCGGCCUCAUCGUUGUCGUUGGCGGCUACUUCGUCGUCGGGCGCGUCGUCCGCGUCGUCGUCUUCGCCGUGUUCGUCGUCGGCCGGCAGCCCGCCACCUCCGACGCAGCCACAACCACCGUCGUCUCAACACGGUGCAGCGGCCGCUCCCCAUCACCAUCAGCUGCACUGUUACGACGACAGCAGCAGCGGCGGCCGUCGACGCCGCCACCGCAGCCGCAGCCGUAAUAUCGCGGCACAUCAUGACCAUCGGCACGCCAUUAUCGCCGUGGACGCGGUCACCGCUUGCACAACCAAGCCGGCGGUCAAAAGACCGUUCGACAUCGAGAGCCUAAUCGGACCCGAUCCGUUGUCGGCCACGUCUCCCUCCGCACCGGCGCAACCGCUGGCCGCCGCGGACUACACGGACGACGAAGACGACGACGACGUAGACGACGACAUUCUACGGCGAUUCCCGUCCAUCGUGCCGGCCGCGUACCGGGCUCCGUUGAUGGUGCCGUACGAUUUCCAUCACGCGGCGGCAGCCGCGGCGAUCGCGUUUCAUGACCAUCACCAACACCACAUGCACCACAGCCAGCUGCAACAGUUGCACCAGCACCACCACCACCACCAACAACAACAACAACAACAACACUAUUUACGGUACGCCGCGGCGUCUUAUUUUCCGCACAACUAAUAUUUAGGUAUAAUAGUAUAUAAUAAGCGUUUGCCGUCUAUAUACAAUGUUAAUAUGAUUUUAGACCACAAUAUAGGUAAUAAUAAUAAUACUAUGUAGUAACGUGUUCCGUAAUAAGUCGCACUUUGACCGACCGCACUUUGAAUUCGUAAGUAGGUAUUAUUGGUAUACGUCUUAUUAUAAUAUUAUGUUGGAUAAGCGUGGCGUGGCGUUUGCGCUCGGCACGAUGAUGACGAUGAUGACGAUGAUAUCUACUCUCGUGUAGCGUGAGCACACUUUCGCGGCGACAAUUUAUUUACAAUAUAUACCUAAUAUACCUAUCGUAAUACGUAUAGAUUUUCCUAUGUACAUAUAUACCUAGGUACAGGUAUAGGUACUAUGUAAAUAUAUACUUACGUAAUGUACGCGAUUCAUUACGGUUAGUUAUGUGUACACGCGUACCUAUAUAUAUAUUAUAUUAUUUUAACCGUUGUUCUUAAAUUAUAUAUACAUAAUUUAUUUGUUUGUUUUUUUUUCCUAACUGUAAGGUCUGUACAAAUUAGCCAUCAUUAUUACAUACAUAUGAUAAUAUAACCCAUGAUACUAUUUCAGUAUAUUAUGACAAUGUACAUAAUAUAUAAUAAUAUGAUCGUGUUAACUAUAAAUAUUAUAUAUAUAUAUAUAUAUGCCCACUAUAGUAAUAUUAUUAAACAAUGACGUACUGAACCUUUUUUAUAAUAGGUAUAUAUUAUUAUAUUAGCAAAUAAAAUUGUAGUUUUUAGUAUUCGUUAUUCUGUGAUGUAGUUUUUAAUGUGCAGUAAUAAUUAUACAUAGGACAUAAUAUAUAGGUGUAUAUUUCCGAUGAUAGGUAAUUAUUAUUAAUUCAUAUACCUAUAUUAUAUUAUAUAUAUAUCGAUGCGAUUUCGUUUUCUGCCCACGCUGUGGAACCUAACCUUAUUCUUAUACAUAAUAUGUAUAAUUUAUAUUAUGUAUACUGCGAACACUCAUUAUUAUUAUUAUGAUUUGUUUUUAGUUUUUUUAUACAUAGAAUAUAAUAUAUAUUCAUAUGAAUGACUUAAAAAGUUAUAACUCUGUUACCCCAAUAUUCCUCAUGUAACAAUUUGAAGAAAAAAGGUGAAUAUAAUUAUUUAUUUAUUAUUAUUAGUAGGUAUUAUCAUUUACGAUUGUAAUUAUUGUGUUCGUAGAAUUUGUAUUAUAUAUAACCUAUAUGUAUAAUAUUCAAGUGCAGUGUAAUGUUCGUCGAAUAAAUGUGCAAUUU